AUGACAAGGCUGGGUUCCCUGCUCUCCAGCUACGGCUGGUACAUCCUCUUGGCCUGUGUCGCCAUCUAUCUCCUCAUCCAGAAGGUAUCCCAAAGCAUGGCAGUCCGGCGGAGCAGCCAGCCAGCAGCAGCUGAUGCAGCUGUCGAACCAGACGUGGUGGUAAAAAGGCAGGAAGCUUUGGCAGCAGCUCGCCUCAGGAUGCAAGAAGAGUUGAAUGCACAAGCAGAAAGAUACAAAGAAAAGCAGAGACAGCUUGAAGAAGAGAAACGAAGGCAGAAGAUAGCAAUGUGGGAAAGUAUGCAAGAGGGAAAAAGCUACAAAGGAAACCUGAAACUGAACCAGCAAGAAUUAGAAUCUGGUGCCUCCACCUCUUCGACAGUCUCAAAACCUAAACCAAACAAAAAGCCUUUGCGGAGUGGUGGCUAUAACCCUCUGUCCGGAGAAGGAGGUGGAACUUGUUCCUGGAGACCAGGUCGCAGAGGCCCAUCAGCAGGUGGAUGAGGCUAACCUCCCUAGUGUCUAAUAUCACUAGCAGGCUUAAUCUUACCCACUGUCUAACUGCCUACAGUUUGCAUGUCACAGUGACUCCUUUGGGAUUUGGUUUAGUGCGGGUGUUGGCUUGAAAACAGAUGUACAUGAGUUCCAGGUAUUAACACAGCAACUGAUACUGCACAAGAAAAAUACUCGAUCCCCUUUAAAAAGCUGGUGA